AUGUAUUUUGGCUACGUCCUCACUUUAUCCGAAGGGUGGCAACUCCAGUUGGGCAAUGUUAUCUUCCGGGCGCACGGGAUCAUUGGGCGCGGCACUGUUGUUGUGGGUGCCAAGGUGGUCGGUAGUCCUCUUCCCAACUUCGUGGGCAAGCGCGUGGUCGUGAAGUGGAGCUGGGUUGCGACGACGCGAAAGGAGGAGGGUUACAUCGUGAAGAAAGCAGCGGAACAUGCCGAUGCGAAUCGACCUAGUAUGCGUCAUCAUCUACCUAACAUAUAUCACUAUCAAGAAUUCCCCAAACAAACCCCGCAAUGCCAGAAAUUUCUGCUUGCCAAUAUCAAGGACGCAUAUGAAGAACACGUUCUUCGGAUUGUAGUUCAAGAAGAACUUCACCCAAUCACGGACUUGACCGACGCGACCGAGCUCGCCGGAGCGUUCAAGCAGAUUUUUGAGUGCUAUCGUUGGCUGUAUGAAAGGCCCAAAAUCAUGCACCGCGACGUCAGUAUCAGCAAUCUGAUG